AUGCCACUCUUUCAUCUCCCACCUGAAUUGGUCCCCAUCAUCGCGGGGCACCUGAAAAGCGAAACCGACCUCAACUGCUUCGCUCAGACCAGCCAAUACCUAUAUCGGUGGGUCAACCCUUGUCUCUAUCAAUGCGCGGUGCGGACCAUGGGCGAAUCUCUUCUCCAUUGGGCUGCCAGCAAAGGACAGCUACAAACCCUCCUAAAGCUACUAGCCUUUGGAGCGAAACUUCCAGCAAACAAUCAGAACCCCACUACGGAUUCACAUCCUAUUUCUACAGCCGCAACAUACGGCUGCGUAAACAUCAUCGAUGCUCUCCUGGAUCUAGGAACAGAUAUAGAGUAUCCCGCUGGCGUCCAUGGCAACACCCCGCUCAUGAUCGCUGUCCGUGAAGGGCACUUGCCUGUUGUCCGAAGGUUACUCGAAAGGGGCGCAAAUCCUACUCUUCCCAACAAGCUUGAUCACAGUCCUCUGGAGGUAGCCAUCAUUGCUGGAAGUCUAGCUGUGACUGAACGCCUCAUCUCCCAUGUGAAGGACCUACCGCACACUGCCGAAGUUGAUAGUCUUGGAAGGGCAUUGUGCGCAGCUGCACGCAGCAGACAGGUCGACAUUGUGAAGAUGCUGCUCUGCAAUGGCGCUCCCGUCAACUACGUACAUCGCCAACAACUUGAGACAGCCCUCAUCAAUGCCACCCGGACUGGAGACAAUGAGAUUGCCCGCUUACUGCUUGAUCACGGUGCGGACCCGAUGAUUGGUUUCGAGACAUGGGAUAGUCCAGCCCUGGUGUGUGCGGCAUGGCGUAACCACCAAUCCAUAGUCGAGAUGCUGGUUGAGAAAGACCCUAGGGUGGGGCGCCACUUUGCGGACGCGAUGGUUGAGGCUGCUAAUCUGGGACUAGAGGGUAUGACGAGUUACUUCUUGCUAAAAGGUGCGAAUCCCGAUCACCUAAGGAGUGGGUAUCGAACGCCUCUGUCAUGCGCUGCCCAGCAUGGCCAUGUAGGCGUUGUCAGAGUCCUACUCACAGCCGGGGCGAACCCCGAAGCCAACGAUAACCAUGGACGUACGCCAAACUGGUAUGCCUCAUGGCUUGGUUGUCCAGAAGUCCUCGCGUUGCUCGGGAGCAUAUAG